AUGAGGAGCAUGUUUUUUGUGGGACGGGGAGUACUGGUAAUAUCCUCACUGGACACUCAAUACCCGGUCGUUAAGGAGGUCUGCAAAGGUUUCCACUGGCGGCUGCAGCACGACAAGGAGGCGACCAACUGGGACAUCUGCUGGACGGACAACGCUGUUCAGACCGAGACCCUCGGCCGCAUGCUCCCCUCCCAUCAGAAAAUCAACCACUUCCCAGGCAUGUUCAGUCUGGCCCGCAAGAAUAAUUUGGCACGCGGCCUAGCCAAACUUCGCAAGCGGUUUCCCUUGGAGUACGAUUUCUAUCCGGAAACCUGGUUGCUGCCAUUUUAGUUUCUGGACUUGAAGGCCAACAUGGAGGCCAAGCAGAAGGGCAGGGCCAGGACCUAUAUUGCCAAGCCUGAGGCCGGCUGCCAGGGCCGGGGCAUCUUCCUCACUCGCUCUUUGGAGUCCUUCGACCCGCAGGAACACUACGUGGUCCAGCGCUACCUCAGUAAGCCCUUUCUGAUAGACGGCCUCAAGUUCGAUAUGCGACUGUACGUGCUGGUGGCCGGGUGCGACCCCCUGCGAGUGUAUCUCUACAAGGAGGGACUGGGAAGGCUGGCCACCACCGUAUACGAGGGGCCCAGGAGCGACAACCUCGGGGACCUGUGCAUGCACCUAACCAACUACGCGAUCAACAAAGAAAGCUAGAACUUCGUGUUCAAUUAAGACUCCGAGGACAUGAGCAAGGGGCACAAGCGAUCGCUCUCCUCGAUUCUCGACAGCCUGGCGGAGCGGGGGGUGGACGUGGAGGUGAUGAUGGGCCGGAUCAAGGACAUCAUCAUCAAGACCCUGAUCGUAGGGCAGCCCGUGCUGUCCCACCAUUACAAGGCCUGCCAGUCCACCAACCUGGCCAACAACAUGUGCUUCGAGGUGCUGGGGUUCGACAUCAUCAUCGACCACAACGCCAGGCCCAUCCUACUGGAAGUGAACCACACGCCCUCCUUCAGCAAUGAAACCGUCAUGGCCAAGAAGCUAGAGUUGCAGCAGCGCAUGAUCACUGGCAAGAUGCAGAAGCUGUCGCCUCAGGAGCGCAGGGACGAGAUCGAACGCCUGCAGCGCAGGCGAGAUAGCUUCGAGUCUCGCAACCUGGGUGGGUUCGAGCUGGUCUACCCGCUCAGCCCAGAGCACGCGCAGUCCUACACCGAGCUGCUGCAGUUCAGCACCACCUGCUACGAGGAGUCCACCGGCGCAAACAUCAAGCGCAACAACAAAAAGUCAGAGACAGUCGAAAAGCCCAAGAAGACGGUCUCGGUCAUGCCCAAGCUCAGCAAGGAGGAAAUAGAGCGCAUCAACCUCAAGUGCAAGCAGCUGGCGCUGCCCAAGAUGCCUGGCCAGAAGCGCCAGGAAAGCAGGCUCAAGAGGGACAUCUCUGAUCUCAAGGUUGAUGAAAUCGUCUGUGGCGAGGAUGAGGCCAGCUUCCGCAGGCAUGAGGAGGUGCUGUCCAUCCCACGCGAGCCGAACAACGAUAUCUCGGAAGACCUCAAAAGGGCCAGGUACCCGUUCCACGACCUGAACCUGACCUCUACUGAGGACCUGUCCAAAAACAACCAGUCGAAGGCGGCCAAGCAGUUCACCUGGGCGAGCACGGAGGGGCAACCCAGCCUCGCCCGCCUGCACGACCAGCUGCCCGUCUACCGGGCCAUCACCGACUUGAAGGCCUACCUCCAACUGAUCGACCGCCCUCUCAGCUAG